UCCUGCAGCUCAGCCUCCGCGGACGCCGCCGUUUGGACGGAAGCUCCCGCGGGGCGACCCUCAUCCGGCCGCUGCUUCGCGGAAGAUGGCGGGGCCCGAGCCGCCGCUGCCGCCGCCGCUGCCGCGAGGAGGCCCAGGCUCCGCUUCGCUCUCCCCGCCCCGGGGAGACCGCACCCUCCUCGUCAGGCACCUGCCGGCCGAGCUGACUGCCGAGGAGAAGGAGGACUUGCUGAAGUACUUCGGGGCGCAGUCGGUGCGCGUCCUGUCAGACAAGGGGCGCCUGAAACAUACAGCAUUUGCUACUUUCCCUAAUGAAAAAGCAGCAGUAAAGGCGUUGACAAGACUCCAUCAGCUGAAACUUCUAGGUCAUACUUUAGUUGUUGAAUUUGCAAAAGAGCAAGAUCGAGUUCAUUCCCCCUGUCCCACUUCAAAUACAGAGAAAAAGAAAAGGUCAGAUGACAUUGUGGAAGAUGAUAAAGAGAAGAAAGAACCUGACUUUUUAACAAUAGAAAAUGGAAUUGCACCAAAUCAUGGGCUGACUUUUCCUCUGAAUUCAUGCCUCAAAUAUAUGUACCCACCACCUUCAAGCACAAUCCUUGCAAAUAUAGUAAAUGCUUUGGCAAGUGUGCCCAAAUUCUAUGUACAGGUGCUUCAUCUUAUGAAUAAAAUGAAUUUGCCCACACCAUUUGGACCUAUUACUGCACGACCCCCUAUGUAUGAGGACUAUAUACCAUUGCAUGCACCCCUUCCACCUACAUCGCCUCAACCACCUGAGGAACCUCCCUUGCCAGACGAGGAUGAAGAUUUAUCUAGUAAAGAAUCAGAAUAUGAAAGCAGUGAUGAGGAGGACCGGCAGAGAAUGAACAAACUAAUGGAGCUAGCAAAUUUUCAGCCCAAAAGACCCAAAGCCACAAAGCCACGCCAAGUGAGAAAAAAGCGAAAAUUAAAGGACAUGUUGAAUAUACCUUCAUCAACUUCACAUAGUUUGCAUCCUGUGCUGUUACCAUCAGAUGUAUUUGACCAACCACAACCUGUAGGUAAUAAAAAAAUUGAAUUUAAUAUAUCUAACAACAUGCCAGCGGCAUUUAAGAAAGAUUUGGAGAAGGAGCAGAGUAAUGAGGAAAAGAAAUCUGAUUCACCAGACACUGAACUUGAUGACUCAAAUACAGGAUUUGGAAAAAUCUUCCCCAAACCUAAUUUAAACAUCACAGAAGAGGUUAAAGACGAUUCUGAUGAAAUGCCUUCAGAAUGUAUUUCUCGAAAGGAGUUGGAAAAGGGCCGAAUUUCUAGAGAAGAAAUGGAAACCCUUUCAGUUUUCAGAAGUUACGAACCUGGUGAACCAAACUGCCGAAUUUAUGUAAAGAAUUUAGCUAGACAAGUUCAAGAAAAGGACCUUAAAUUUAUCUUUGGAAGAUACGUUGACUUUUCUUCAGAAACACAGCGGAUAAUGUUUGACAUUCGCUUGAUGAAAGAAGGACGCAUGAAAGGACAAGCUUUUAUUGGACUUCCAAAUGAAAAAGCCGCUGCUAAAGCCUUAAAAGAAGCUAAUGGCUAUGUUCUUUUUGGAAAACCCAUGGUGGUUCAGUUUGCUCGAUCUGCUAGACCAAAACAAGACGCUAAAGAAGGAAAACGAAAAUGAUAGGAAUGGAUAAAGAAGCAUUCCUGCGUAAAUACUGCUGUAAUACUGUCAUACAAGUGUAUCCUUUCUUGUUGUAUCCUUUUUGGGGCAGUGGUUUUGUUUCAUUUUGUUUUCUAGAAAUGCUUUGUCUACCAUCUAUCUAGAGUAAGCAAUACUUUUUAUAAUCAAGUGAAAUAUUUCUCAAAUAAGUUUUGUAGCUUGAACAAAUAUUUUACAUGUAUUUUAGAUUGACUGUUUAAUUUUCUACAUUAUCAUAUAAUCAAGGAGUUUUGUUCAAGGAAAGUUAGUGAAUCAGGUCCCUUACUGUAUACAUAUGCUUUACUACAGAAUCUGGUAGUAUUUCUUCUAUAUGUGAAUUUCCUCAGUCUACUUCAGGAACAUACUUUCUGUUUCAUGGUAUAUCCCAUUUAGGUGUUUUUCUAGUUUCAUUUUGUUGCUAUGACAAAUACGCUGACAAAAAACUUAGGGAUGAAGGGAUUUAUUUGUGUUAUAAUUCCAAGUUCCAGCUCAUUGUUGUGGGGAAGGCACAGCAUGAAUUUAAAGUAUAAUAUCCACAGUCGAUCAGAAAGAGAAUAAACCCAUAGAUCCUUUCUUGAUUAGUCUGAGCAAGGUCUUCCUCUCAGGGUCCCUUUCCUAAGGAACAGUGCUACCCAAAAUUGGCUGAGUCUUAACAUCUAUCAAGACCACCUUAUGCCCUCAGGCCAACAUAGCCUAGAUAGUAUUUAUUAUGACUGUCUUCCCAGGUUAUUCGGUGUUGUGUCAAGUUGACAGUUAAAACUAUCUAGCACAGUUCUAAAUAAUAUGUUCUAAAAUUUGACUGGGAAAGGAUUUUUUUUCUUUAGUAAUAAAUAUAUUGAAAACUAAUAAGAUUUCUACAAAAUUCUCAACAGUAGAGUAACAUAUCACAUUGAAAGUCUAACUGAAAUGUCUUCGACAAUUGGAAGGAUUUUCCUUAUUCUUGGUCUUUUCAAAACAAAAGUGAAAAAUUCAAAAACAAAAUUUAUAUAUGUGUGUUCAAAUUUUGACAUACAUAUAUAUAAAUUUGAAAAGAAUAACAGAUAAGACAUACUAGACUUCAGAUACAAUCUCUGAACAAUCGGUCUCAAAUUUUCCUGCACAUUUUAAUCCUGAAUUAGGUAAUAAUGAAUUACCUGCUUUCUAUCUUAGAGUUUGAUUCUAGUGUAUUACUAAUGUAGAGAGAACCACCAUGGAAGAGUUUCUAUGUAUAAAUAUUUCUAGACUCUUUAUUAUAGAGCUAAUAAAUAAAAAUCACUUGGAAUAACGUCCAGUAAUAUAUUUUGAAUGGUUCCCUUAGUAAUAGAAAGGACCACUGAGAAGUUUAGAUGAUACUUUGUUAAAGUGAUUGACCAUUGUAUACCAACUUAAUAAGGCAUACAAUGUUAUUUUAGUGGUAAAAUAAAAAUCCUCAACAUUUUGUGGGAAAUGGUGCUAAUAUAAUUGUGUAAAACUACUCGAAAUUCUCUUGUCACCCUAAUAGUAAAAGCUUUCCAAAACUGAGAUUAUAGUCAUUUGAUAUAUACAAUUUAAAUAUUAUAAGUAGCAGUUAUUUUGUUGUAUUGACAUGAUUCACUAAUUUUCUCCAUAUAAGUAUUUGGGCUUUUUAAAGUUAAUGAAUUAUUUUUAAUGGAAUUUUAUGGUGUUUUAGGUUCCUUCUGAAUUCUCUGCCUUUCAAGUACUGUGGAACUAUGAGAGAAGAAAUUCGCCCUCUGGACUAUGGAACUGUGCGUAACAACUUUGAAAAGCACUCAGAGAUCUCAUAUUUUCACAUUAGUGUUUGGAGAUACUUUAUAAUAGUUUAUUGCAUAUAUAAUAAAUUAUUUUUCUUCUCAUCAGUGUCCAUAAUUUUUUAUUACUUAACCUAUAUGGCUAAGGAAGUGUAACUUAGCAAUUAAUAUAAACUAAUUAUAAAGUAAUUAUUAUAAAUUAAUUUUUUAGUACUAGCUAUACAUUUUCCUUUAUACUUCCUAAUCCUAUUUUCCAUUCCUACCUAUAUACAGUGUAGAAAUAUUGCUGAAAGUUAAAGAUGUUUCUCAUAGUUAAUUAUUUCUUUCACUUGAUAAAAUUUUUAAUAGAAGAAUUAGAUUUUUUUACAAAGGCUUUUAUUUGUCUCUCACACACACAUAUAUAUGUUAAGGUGAUAUCUGUUCUCCAAAGGCUGGUGCCUUCAUGGAUAUGUCCUUGAGAAUUAUUUCAAGAUAAAAUAAUUGUUUCCUUUGUUUUUACGGCAUUGCAAAAUGGGCAGAAUAAAGAAUUCAAUAUAGGAAUUAAGAACCCUGAGACAUGCUGAUAAUGUUUAGUUUGCCAUAAACAGAGAACAAAAAGGAAAAUCUUGAUCUGAUGCAGACAGUAGACUGAUACAGUAAUUCCUGAGUGAGUCACUAACGAUGAGUUAAGAUUAAGGUUUAGCUGUACACAUGACCUGGAUCAGAAUGAACUAGUUGGCUGGAUGAAAUGAGAAAUAAUAUCCACUCAAAUGGAAGAGAAGAUUUUAAAAGAAAGUUGAGAGCAAUUCAUUCAGGUAAAAGUCCUUGU